AUGAAGAAAGAAGUCAUUCCGCAUGAAGUUAUUGACACAAAACUGAUAAGUAACAUAGAGAAAGAGGUCACUUGUGUGAAACAAGAGAUCAACCCGUGUCGCAAUGUUAAACAAGAAGUUAUUGACUUACAAGUCAAUGUUAAAGACAUAAGACAAGAAGUCACUGAUUUGCAAGAUGUUAAAGACACGAAGGAACUGCCAGAUAAAGUUACAAAUGUGAAACAAGAAAUUAUUGACUUACAAGAGAAUGUUAAAGACGUAAGACAAGAAGUCACUGAUUUGCAAGAUGUUAAAGACACGAAGGAACUGUCAGAUAAAGUUAUAAAUGUUAAACAAGAAGUUACAGACUUACAAGACAAUGUUAAAGAUGUAAGACAAGAAGAAGAUUUUCAAAAAGAUGACACAAGGGAGGCGGUUAAUUUACGAGAGGAUAUGAAUGAUGUGAAGCAGAUUGGUCUGCAGAAGGCGGUGCGGAUGAAGGAAGAAUUAGUGAAGCUGUAUUCGGGGCAUGAGGUGCGGGACAAGCUGGUGCUGGGCCCGGCUGGCGUGCAGACGCGCGCACAAACUAGAACUCAAGAGACUACAGAAGACUUACUGGUCGUCGCGAGUGCGAGCAAAGCCCCACGCGAAUGCCGCAUCUGCUCAAGAGUGUGCAAGCAUCCGAGUGCCUUAAAGAUACACAUGCGAAUACACACGAAAGAAAAACCUUACUCAUGCAAAACAUGUAACAAACAAUUCGCAGUACACGACACUUUAGUGAAACACGAGCGCGUCCAUACCGGCGCUAAACCUUACUCCUGUAGCGUGUGUGUCAAACAGUUUGCACACAAAAGUGGUUUAAAGAUACAUGAACGAACACACACCGGGGAGAAACCAUACGCGUGCAAAUUAUGUGACGAGAGCUUCACUAGUCUGGAUAAUUUGAAGAAUCACAAACUAAAACAUACCGGUGAUAAGCCCUAUUUCUGCAGCGUGUGCGAAAAGAGGUUCACUAAGCGAAGUACAUUAAACAGUCACGAAAAAAAUCAUAAAGGAGAAAAACCACACUCAUGCAAUAUAUGUAAUAAAGAGUUUUCGAGACUUAGUAAUUUAAAAAUGCACGAACGAAGUCACACAGGUGAAAAACCUUAUUCCUGCGAAUUGUGCGAGAAGAAGUUUGCACACCGCAGUCAUUUGAAGACUCACGAGCGUAUCCAUACCGGUGAAAAGCCGUAUUCUUGUGAAGUAUGUAACGAGACCUUUACUCAGCGCACUACUUUAAAUAACCAUAAACAGAUCCACACAGGGGAGAAGCGAUACUCUUGUGGAACGUGCGACAAGAAGUUUGCUCAAAGUGGCCAUUUAAAGGUUCACGAGCGUAUUCACAGCGGGGAGAAACCUUAUUCCUGCGAAGUAUGUAAAGAUAGUUUUACUUAUAGCAGCUCUUUAAAGAGUCAUGUACGUAUUCACACCGGUGAAAAGCCGUAUUCUUGUGAAGUAUGUAACGAGACCUUUACUCAGCGCACUACUUUAAAUAACCAUAAACAGAUCCACACAGGGGGGAAGCGAUACUCUUGUGGAACGUGCGACAAGAAGUUUGCUCAAAGUGGCCAUUUAAAGGUUCACGAGCGUAUUCACAGCGGGGAGAAACCUUAUUCCUGCGAAGUAUGUAAAGAUAGUUUUACUUAUAGCAGCUCUUUAAAGAGUCAUGUACGUAUUCACACCGGUGUAAAACCUUAUUCCUGCGAAGUAUGUAAAGAUAGUUUUACUUAUAGCAGCUCUUUAAAGAGUCAUGUACGUAUUCACACUGGUGUAAAACCUUACUCCUGUGGUAUAUGUAUAAAAGAGUUAUCACAUCUACAUACUUUAAAGGUUCACGCACGCACUCACACGGGUGAGAGACCAUAUUCAUGCGGGACGUGUACGAAGUCAUUCACCCGCCGCAGCCAUUUGCUUUACCACGAGCGUGUACACAGCGGAGACAAGCCAUACACCUGUGAUGUAUGUAAAAAGAGCUUUAUGCAACGUAAUACAUUAAUAAUUCAUGAAAGGAUUCACACAGGUGAGAAACCAUUCUCAUGCGAGAUGUGUGAGAAGAAGUUUACUAACAGUAGCGGUUUGAAGAGCCACAAGCGUGUACACACCGGUUUGAAAUCAUUUUUUUUGUGAAU